ACACACACAGAGACACCUGUACACACACACAGGCAUACAUACGCACACAGAAACAUGUACACACAUACAGACACAUGUACGUACAUGUACACACACACAUACACAUACAUGUACAUACACGCAGACACAUGUACAGAUACACACAUGUACAUACACACAGACACAUGUUCAAUUGUACAUGCAUACACAGACACACACAAACACCCCCCCUAAAAUGUUGCAGUACUUCGUUGUUCACUCACAGAUCUGGGUACUGCACCCUAGAGGGAGGCAGAGAGCACAGCACACACUCCUUGCUUUGCUUUCUCUGCGGUCAGCUAUUGAGCAGUCUGACGGCUCCCAGUGCCAAUGACAGAUCCGGCCUGAACUCCGAACCUGCUCAGCAAGACGGCCCUGGGGGACACACACUUGCCCUCACCAUAAUUUCCACUCGCCAUUGGCGAUCAGGCGAGUGGAAAUUUCAAGCCCUG